UGAAAACUGCGAGUGUGUUCAGUACUUUGACCUGUAGCUGAAACAGAUCGGCUCACGUUUUGUUCACUGGAUUUAACCACAGGGAGGAUUUUAUUUCACCUAACAAGAUAAGCCAUGUUGAGGCUCUGGAUGCUGGCUGCUGUCUCAGUGCUCCUUCUGCUGUCUGAAGGGGGGAUGACGGCGAGGACUAAGAGAGAACUGGCCGGACCGCUGCACCUCAGGGGGAUCCGGGACCCCUUUGGCUCUUACUGUCAGAGGAGAGGAGGAUGCUGUCCUGGCAGAAACGACCAAUGCACUGUGCCUUACCUGGACACCAUCUGUUACUGCGACCUGUUCUGCAACCGCACCGUAUCCGACUGUUGUCCCGACUUCUGGGGCCACUGCCUGGGGACAACUCCUCCCUACCCUCCCAGUUCUUGUGAAAGAAAUGGCCACCGGUUUCCCUCAGGAUCCACAUAUAAAGAGAACUGCAAUUUAUGUACAUGUGGUCAAAAUGGACGCUGGGAAUGUGAACAACACGCCUGUCUGAUAGAGGACGACAUGAUCCAGGAAAUCAACAGGAGAGACUAUGGUUGGAGGGCAGCAAACUACAGUCAGUUCUGGGGUAUGACACUGGAUGAGGGUCUGCGGUUUCGUCUGGGCACAAAACGCCCCACACGGACCAUUAUGAACAUGAAUGAGAUGCAGAUGAAUAUGAAUGGAAAUGAUCAUCUGCCAAGUUACUUCAAUGCAGUGGACAAAUGGCCGGGGAAAAUUCAUGAGCCCUUGGACCAGGGGAACUGCAAUGCAUCAUGGGCUUUCUCAACUGCAGCUGUGGCAUCAGACCGGAUCUCCAUUCAGUCCAUGGGUCACAUGACGCCUCAGCUCUCGCCCCAGAAUCUGAUCUCCUGCGAUACUCGGCAUCAGGACGGAUGCGCUGGUGGACGUAUCGAUGGGGCCUGGUGGUUCAUGCGGCGCAGAGGGGUUGUGACACAGGACUGUUACCCCUUUUCUCCACCAGAACAAAGCGCGGUUGAAGUUGCUCGCUGUAUGAUGCAGAGCCGAGCGGUGGGCAGAGGAAAGAGACAAGCCACAGCACACUGUCCCAACAGCCACAGCUACCACAAUGACAUCUAUCAGUCCACCCCACCAUACAGACUGUCCACCAACGAGAACGAGAUUAUGAAAGAGAUUAUGGAUAAUGGCCCUGUGCAAGCUAUCAUGGAGGUCCAUGAAGACUUCUUUGUGUACAAGAGUGGAAUUUUCAGACAUACAGAUGUCAAUUACCACAAACCCUCACAAUACCGCAAACAUGCGACACAUUCUGUCAGGAUAACAGGAUGGGGAGAGGAGAGAGACUACAGUGGCAGAACACGCAAAUACUGGAUCGGAGCAAACUCAUGGGGCAAGAACUGGGGUGAGGACGGCUACUUCCGCAUAGCUCGCGGUGUGAACGAGUGUGACAUCGAGACAUUUGUAAUCGGCGUCUGGGGCAGAGUCACUAUGGAGGACAUGCACAACCACCACCAUCAUCACGGUCGCCGCAAGUAGCUCCUGUACGCAUUACUGGAUGAUUCAAGCCAAUCAGGUCUUACGCAGGUUUGCUAGAGUCUCAAUGUCCACCAAACCCCAGUGCCUUCUGGAUAUCACACAGAUAAAGCAGUGUCCGCUGCCCCCCUCUGUCCAAAUACACAAAUCCACUGACGUCUAAUGGAGAAAAUCAAACUCAGAUAUAUGUACGUGUGUGUAUAUAUGGCAAAUAUCAAGGUUUUGGUGGAAA